CUCAUUCGCCGCGCUGCUCCGUGCCGUAGUGGCGGCGGCCCCGAGGGUGGAGACGGAUCCCGGGCCUGCAGCCUCGCCGGAGGAGAUUUGAUGACAAACGUGCUUUUUUUUUUGGCUCCUUUGAAUGCGGGAUGUGACGGAAGAAGAAGACGUCGUCGUUGCUGGAAACUUUGGAGAGUUUCUCGUUCGCCAAUCGGACCCUGAUCCGUGCCCCCCUUUCUUGUCACCAUGGCUCACCGGUCUCAGAGUUCCUCGAUCGGAGACAACCCCCUGGACCCAAACUACCUGCCCCCACACUACAAGGAGGAGUAUCGUCUCGCCAUUGAUGCACUGAUAGAAAGUGACGUAGCGGGGUACUAUGAGUUCCUCCAGAACGCGGACGUGGUCAGCUUCCUGGCGCAACACGAAAUCGAGCACAUCAAGUCUACCAUCCAGGGGCCCGCCCAUGCCCACAGCGUUCCGGAUCUGACUUACCCGGAGGUGGGCCACAAUGCAGAGGGGUCCUCCGACACCUACUGGCCCAUGCAGUCCGACAUGGCCGCCCCGGGCCUGGACCUGGGCUGGCCGCUCACCCAGCACAGCUUCAUCGGACCCACCGAGGUCACCACUCUGGUCAACCCCUCGGAAGCAGACAUGCCCAGCAUCAAGGAGCAGGCCAGGAGACUCAUUAAGAACGCUCGCCAGGUUAUCGCUGUGGUGAUGGACAUGUUUACAGAUGUUGACAUAUUUGCGGACCUCCUGGACGCAGCGGCACGCCACGUCCCUGUUUACAUUCUUUUGGAUGAGCAGGAAGCCCAUAACUUUGUCUCCAUGGUGAUCAAUUGUAAGGUCAACCUGGACCUAAUCCAUAUGAUGCGUGUUAGGACUGUGGCAGGAAUAACAUAUCAUUCCCGGACAGGAAAGUCCUUCAAGGGACAGAUGAAAGAUCGCUUUCUGCUGGCGGACUGCCGGGCUGUGCUCAGUGGGAACUACAGCUUCAUGUGGUCGUAUGAGAAGAUUCAUCGCUGCAUCGCUCACCUUUUCCUCGGAGAGCUGGUCGCCACGUUUGAUGAAGAGUUCCGCAUCCUCUAUGCUCAGUCAGAGCCUCUGGUGGUCGACCCGUCGGACGGAACGCUCGCCGUGCCCGACACCGGAAGCUACUUAAACAGACAGAUGGGUUUUAAAAGGACCCAGUCAUUGCGGAAUCCUCUGGGUUUCCGAAGGCAACCUGACAUUUCCUCCGGUUUCCCGUACGGAGACCAGGACCGCAACACUGCACUUGCCUUCCGGAGGAACGACCCAUUUCGUCACACCAUUGAGCCCGGCGCAGGAAUCACCAUUGGGAAGUACUCCCAGCAACAGUUUCGCUUGCAGCCGUCGUAUUUGGACCAGGGAAGGUCAUUAGUGUCCCGGCAGAUGGAGAUGAGCGGCUUCAAGAGACACAGCUACGCCGAAGGAACCCAAGAGACCUACAUGUCCUCCAGACACUACAUGAAGCACAGAGUCAUGAACAAUCUCGACGAGACAGACUUCAGCAGGGAACAGAAACUCCAUUUCUACAAUGAAGGGCCUGGACCAGGUUCUGGUCACAGACACUAUGAUAGACUACGUCCUCCACAUCCAGGCAUUGACCAGUAUUCCGACUCCAGCUCGUUCCGCUCAGAUCAAGAGCCGAGCUAUGGAAACUAUGGCAGAAGUUAUGUCAAUCUUUCAUCGGAGGAUUUAAGCGGACCGGAAGGGUUUCAGGCGCCACCGAUAGCUGGAAGGUAUGGAGGAAGUUCUGCCCUGAAGAGGCCCACCAUAGGACAGGCUUACGCUUGUCAGAGCUCGCCCACGCAGCCUCACCCGCCGGAGAAAAAAAUAUUUCCAAAACAGUCAGAACAGGAGCACGGCCAGGACGCAAGUGUUCGGCACGGUUUGAGGAACUGGAGGAUUCACUCGUAUCUUAGCGCAUACGAGGACGGCGGAGAAGAAGGUCUCAAUCAACCCCUGGGGCCUGACGCAUUUGAAGAUACCCUACCUUCUCAAGAGCAAGACAUUUCAGAGACCCGCUUUGGAAUAAAACAGCCACCCAAUGUGGCCCCGAAGCCCAGAGCAGAUAUCCAAAGGCCGCGCUUCGGAAAGCCGGUUAAACCCGACAGCGCCGAGAAGACCUCAACCGUGAAGGAUGGGCUCCUUUCAGCCAGCGACGUGAAGUCUGCUUCUCUGGACAGAAGUGAAGAAGACGAAAGGGGAGUCGGGAAGGAGGACAGCGGGGAAAAAGAGGCGCCAGAUCGCUUCCUGACAAAACACGACUCUUUCCGUACGCGGAUUAACCCGGUCCUUCAGCGCAGCUCCCGUCUACGUUCCUCGCUCAUUUUCUCAUCGUCAAAAGCAGAGAUACACAGCGGGAGCACUGGCCUCAGACCAGCCACAGAGGAAGAUGACAAGUUGGACGCCGGGCGCACUUCCUCCAUCGUAGCCCAGAUCCUCGAGAAGCGGAGGUCAUUAUCUCGAGAACCUUUUGAGUGGAGGAAGACAGCUGAGGAGCAGAGUAAAGAAAAAGAGCAAGAGGAGAAAAGUGGGGAUGCAAAUCCGCAACAGGAGAGGGAGACCAGAUUGACAAAUAUAACAGAAACAAAAGACGAGCACCCGAAACUUCAGGAACACGACCAAUCAACCUCUAACGAUGUCACACCAACGUCUCUAAAUGUCAACGACCCCGCCAGUCGACUGCAGUACUUCAAAGAAGUCGCCGCCAAGAGAAAAGCAUCAAAGAUGGAGUCGGAGUCAACGGUGAACGUCCCGGCUGAGAAAAAGCCAGACCUGUCAGGAAAGGCUCCCCAAAACACGACGGUGGGCGCUGCGGCCCCGUCUGAUGUUGCUUCAACAGAAUCCCAGACAAAGAAACCAGACGUCUCGGCAAAACUCGCCGACCUCAAUCGUCGAUCUUCAUUUACAUCCACAAAAGCUUCUCUAAUCUCCCCAAAGCCUUUUGUGAGCCCCGUGAAGCCUUCUGAAAGUCACAAGGAGGAGAACCCAUCAGAAGGUCAAAAGAAAGAUAUAUUUAAGUCGCUGAAGCCCCUUCCCUCCCCCAAGAUCUUCAAGAGGGACCAGCUCAAGCUCAAGGGACUCAACCCUCGGAGGAUAUCCUGCGGCGAGGAGCUCCUAACAGAUGCUACAGACACAGAGAAGAGCGAGAUGAAGAAGAGUCGCUCUCAUAGUUCCUCCACGCUGCCUCGUGACGAAUCCAAGGAAGCCCAGCAGAAGGGAUCCAACACCUCCAUUAACACGCUCGGGAGCGGCGAGGGAAAGAGCGACGGCAAAGCGCUGGACUUCCUGAAGAAACAGACGCAGCGGCUGAAGGGCCUGAUAGGACCCAAAGAUAAGGAGAAGAAAGCUUCGGGAGAAGAUCGCAGCAUGGGCACGGUGAAAGAAAUGGUGGAAGAUUACAGCAAAAAGCAGAGUUUGUCCACGAAGGACACGGGUUCCUCAGCUGCCGAUCAUGUGACUGCCAAUCACCGCACAUCAGCCGCCGCCACUUCCGGCUCACGCUACCUGCCGCCCGCUAAUUCGGUCCUGUUCAGCAGCAACCUCCGCGAUGACACCAAGGUCAUCCUGGAGCAGAUCUCGGCCAACAGUCAGAAGAACCGACUGGAGCGGGACGACGCAGCAGACGGAGACCGCGAUGCCAAGGGUGUCAGCGACAGCGAGUUCUCCGUCAAAAAGAACCGCUUCCUGCGACCCCAAGUGGGUGGCCAGGAGAGGGAGGGGCUGCUGAAGAGGAUAGAGAGCCUGAGGAAGGAGAAGAAGGUCUACAGCCGCUUUGAGAUGGGGAAUACCCUGGGAUAGCGCCAAAGACGGACGGACGAGUGACCGUGGAUGUGGCAUCUUAAUAAAGCGAGACGAUCAAACAGGCGCACCGUGCACCGCACCGACAGUCCAAGUCCGCUCUGUGUCUUUCUCUCCCUGCUGGAUUUCCGCCCCGGAAGUAAGCUUGAAACCUGACACGGAAAAACGCAGCAACAAGAAAAACCAAUGGGUGCGGAAUGUGCCUGUUUGCCAAACAAACAGCGGUACGAUCUUUGACCAUAUAAGGUGACUGAGCAAGAGGACGUGCUAACGUGACAUCGGAAAAAGAAAGGACUUGUGUGGACACGACUGAAAAGAGCGAGAAAGUAAAACCUUCACCUGAAUGAAUGCAAAUACACAUGCCAUGAAAUAAACCUAAAAACUGUAUUCCUGUAGCA